AUGCCCCCAUCCGCCGUCUUCUCCUACUGGCGCCGAGACCACCGCCGCUCGAGCGCGCCGCCAGUGUCUCUCCCCGCACCGACUCCAGGUCCAAAGAGCACAACAGAAAGCCCAAUCAGCCCCCCUCAACUUCCCGUGAUCCCUGAUACCCCGACUCUGACCGCCCCAUUCGACGGCUUGCAGUCAAUUGAUAUCCCGGGAUGGAGCGACUCGCCGUUGGAAAAUGACGCGUCGAAGCUGAAUUUCCACACCUCCGCAGCUCCAUUAUCCUCCUCCGUUAGCCUGGCCGUCCCGUCCCCGUCGGACGAGAAAGAGAACCGCCCGCAUUCAAGCCCAGGGGAGCACGAAUCUGAACUGAGCUUCAUAUCUCCGGCAAACAACUCGCUGCUCUCAGUCUCUGGAUUACGGCAUGACCAGGGCGACGGCGAACCAACCUCAAAGCCGACUUCACCAUUCCGCCUGUCGUUUGGUAAAGGGUUGCGGAACCUGCAGGCAUCACCCUUUGAACCCCAGAGGCGUUCGCCUACCGCCGGACCGGGCCAGAGCCAUUUCCGAUUGAAGACCUCGCCCGAUGAAACGCCGGCCGACAAGAUGAAUAUGACCCAGAGAGACUUGAGGAUGGAAGGCCUACCUCCUCGACGGGCGGGUGACCGUGAUCUCCCAGCAGAGCACACCCAUCACAAGUCUGGCAAGGCGAUGCUCCAUCUUUUAAACCCAAUGUCACUCCUCGCUCGCAGGCGAUCCUCUCACAUGGGAAUUUCGCGUGUUGAUGAGGUGAAAAUCAACGCGCCCAAUCUAAUACCCGCUAUCCCUGAUGACUACGACCCGAGAAUCCGUGGAAAUAUUGUCCAUGACUUCUCUGCUCCUCGGCCGCGCCGCAAUGUAUCUGGAAAUACAGCUGCUGCAUCCGACGGCAGCAGUAGCCUAAACCCACGGGACAAUCGAUGGAACGACAAGGCAAAACGGCACAGUGAUCAUUCGCCGGUGUUCAAGGAGCAUUUUGAGGACGACCGAAAUGUGCUACAGGUGGAAAAUAAGGGUUAUCUUCAGUCUAGCCUGUUGACGAACCCGACCCAACAUGGCUACGAGAAAUCCAUCCCGGUAUUCGCACGAAAUUUGCCUUCGUAUUUGCCAGAUCAAAGUCCUGAGACUGUUGGACAGAGCGCAUCUCCUCCCGCAGAGCUACCUGCAGAGGUACCUGUGGGUAUACCCGCAGAAGUUGCUUCCUGUUCGCCGAAAGCGAGUCCACCCACCCACCAGCAUGAUCAGGAUACGAUUCCAAAUGUGCCCCAAUCAAGCUCUGGCUUACCGAGACAUCUCAAGAGCAAUGCUUCUAGAUUUAGUUUUGACAUGGGCGGUGUGGAAUCGUCUGUCCAGGAGAAGCUGCUCGAAGAGAAACAUAAGGCAAAGGAAGCCCAGCGCAAGCUGGAGGAUGGUUACUUUGAUGAUUUCGAUGAUGAGUUUGACCAUGAUCUUUUGGAUGAUAUUGACGGGCUCGAAGAAAAGAUACCCGGUGUCAAUGCCGAUGCGGAUGAUGAUGAACUCUCAGUGCCCUCGAUUGCCAAGUCAUGGGCUAUCCCCGGAUUGUCGCCUGUGGUUGCGAGCCCGAUUAUUCCUGCGCCGCCUGAGGCUCCUAUAUACCCGGUAGAUACAGCUCCUAUGGCUCUGGCAGAACAGAGUGAUACGCCUCAUAAAGAUGAAGCGCCGCAACAGGAGGGCACAGUUAUUGAUGAGCCGCGACAGGUGCAAUUGCCUCCUGCUGCGAACAUUGGUAUCGUUGGAGCCAAUCCCGAGUUCCCAGAAGCCACCAAGCAAGGGCCACAGAUACCGAAUGAUGACGAUGAUCUGUAUUUUGAUGAUGGAGAAUUCGGGGAUCUAACCAUCGAUGAUCAGGAUGCAGAUUUCGACGAGUCCGUCUUCGACGACGAAACCAGUCACCUCUAUGAACGGAAGCCGGCUGGUCCACCACCAGCACGCCAGCCUUCGCAGAGUACAAUCCGCAGUGGGGAUGCUCUAGAAAGAGAAUUCUUGCUUGAAGAGGCCGCCAGCCAAGGUCUGAAGCACAUGCCCAGUGUUGCUAGUGAAUAUGGAGUUGCCUCUAUCAAGCGUGGCCCGCUUGGUGAGCCAAUCCCUAACAUGGGGCCUGCUCGGGCCCAUGGUGGAGUGCUCACGGAGCGAAACCUGGAGGUGCUGCAUAAUGCCCUGGCAUUUGCUGCAAAUGAAGCAGCGACCCAAGGCCGUUUCGAACGUACUUUCAGUACGAGCGAUCGGUCUCUGGCACACGAGAGUAUCUCCCAGGCAUCGCACACGGCCGAUUCACAACCCGGUCUUGUGUCUGAUGACAGCCGCCUCAGCCAAGGGGCAGACAUGGUGCGCUUCGAUGAUUUCCUUGAAGAUCAAAUCUACGACGAUGAUGAUAUGUACUACGAUGAUGAUGCGUACUACGAUGAUCCCAUUGUUGCUGCCGCCAAUGCAGAAGCUCUUGAGAACGACGAUGAAGGCUUCUAUGGGCAGGAGUUUGGCUUCUACGCGCAGGCACUCGGCACCUGUAGCGGCGAGAUGACAAAUGGGGGAUACUUCGGCCCCCGCGGCGUCGAGGGCAUUACUCGCAACCACAGCAGUCGCGGGAAGUUCCAGGAGCCCAGCCUGACCCCCAUCACCGAGCGAAGUGAAUGGAGCACACGGAAUUCCGUCAUCUCGUUGAAGGCGCACGGGGGCGCCCAUUCCAACCCGUCCCUGUCCAGUCCCGGAUUGGCGCAGCUGGUCGACCUGGGCAACCUGGACGACGAGAUGUCUUUAAGCGCAUUGCUGAAACUGCGCCGUGGCGCAUGGGGUGGAAGCAACGGUAGCCUGCGCAGCAGUGCAGGCAGUCCGCCGCCCCAUGCGCUCUCGUCCCCCAACCGCGGCAGCUUCAUUGGGGCCUCGGAAGUCAGUCCGUCUGAAGCACGGCCUUCUGCUGAUGAGGGCCUGGCAGGCAUGGGCUAUGCCCCUGACGAUGGCCAUGGAUAUGCGGUCUCACCGCCCAACCGCCUGGGGUCACCCGGCGAUCCCCCGCUGGGCGGAAUGGACGGGCCGACCUACGCAGAGUACCUGCACCAAGUGCCGAGCAUCGGAACCCAACAACCCCCACCACCCCCCAAUAUUCUGUAA